AUGUCAUCUCUCAGAUUUCUUGAUCUUUCCGGAAACUCAUUCAAAUCAUCAAUACCUGGUUGGUUGUAUAGUUUGAACCAUCUUGAAUUUCUCAGUCUUAGAGGUAACUUCCUACAAGGCAGAAUCUCGAGUGCCAUUGGAAACUUGAGUUCCAUUGUUAGCCUUGAUUUGUCAGGAAAUCAGCUUGAAGGAGCAGUACCAACCUCUUUGGAAAAUCUUUUCAAUUUGAGGCAACUUGAUUUGUCAAAUAACAAAAUUGAUCAGGAGAUAUCAGAAAUUCUGCAGAGCUUGUCUAGAUGCUGCUCAGAUGACUUGAAGUCAUUAAAUAUGGCAACUAACAAUCUUUCAGGCCAUUUAAAUGAUCAACUUGGACUAUUCAAAAGCCUAUCUUACCUGUCUCUUUCUCAAAAUUCCAUUUCUGGUCUCAUUCCAAUCUCCAUAGGAAACCUGUCAUCUUUAAAAUAUUUUGAUGUGUCAGAAAAUCAAUUAGAUGGCAAUCUUCCUCAAAGUCUUGCACAACCCAUGAGUCUGGAAUAUAUGAACAUUGCUUACAAUCUGUUGGAAGGUACUGUAUCAGAAUUGCUCUUUUCUAGUCUCACUAGAUUGAGAGUUUUAAGGGCAUCUCAAAACAAGUUGAAAUUUGAAGCAAACUCAAACUGGAUUCCUCCUUUUCAAUGUCGAACCAUUGAAAUGGGUUACUGGCUUCUUGGCCCAAAAUUUCCAACAUGGCUUCAAUUUCAGAAGGACUUGUCUACCUUAGACAUAUCCAGUGCAGGAAUUUCAGAUGUUGUUCCCUCUUGGUUUUGGAACUUUACUUCUAAAAUGGUGUCUCUGAAUAUUUCUCAUAAUGGACUUGAAGGGGAGAUCCCAUUUUUGCCAGUGCAUAAAUUGGUUGAUUUGAGAUCCAACCGGUUCACAGGUCCAUUGCCAGGAGUGCUCCCUGAUGUGGCGACAUUGUUUUUCACUAACAAUUCGUUUUCUGGGUCUCUUUCACAUUUUUUAUGUGACUACAAAUUAGGUAAACCAAAAUUAUUUCUUCUUCAACUUGAAACAAAUCUUCUGUCAGGAGAAAUUCCAGAUUGUUGGUUGAAGUGGCGGGGCAUCCAUGUUCUAAAUAUGGCAAACAAUAAUCUGACUGGGAAGAUUCCGGACUCUUUGGGAUCCUUGGUUUUUAUGUUUCUAAAUCUUAGAAACAAUAAGCUGUCCGGGGAGCUACCAUUGACCUUGCAAAAUAAUAGACACUUGUUUAUGCUUGAUGUUGGUGAAAACCAAUUCGGCGGAAGCAUCCCAAAAUGGAUUGGUGAAAGUCUCCCAAAUCUUGUGAUUCUAAGUUUGCGUUCAAACUCUUUUGAUGGCCAUAUCCCUGAGGAACUUUGUCAGCUCAGUUCCCUUCAAAUCUUAGACCUUGGGGAUAACAAAAUCUCUGGUGCCAUACCAAAAUGCUUUAAGAAUCUAAGUGCCAUGGUCACAAAACCAUAUGACACUGAUGCUGUCAUUGACUAUUUCGUGGAUGGGGAAUUCAUAAGGAGUGAAUUAUUGGUGAUGAAAGGAAGAGUGGACGAAUACAGCACCACACUAUCACUUGUUACCACCAUGGACCUGUCAUACAACAAUCUCAUUGGAGACAUCCCCAAAGAACUAGCCAGUCUCGAAGGGUUGCAAUCGUUAAACUUAUCAGGAAAUUCCUUGAAAGGAAAGAUCCCUGAUCACAUUGGCAACAUGAGGUUAUUAGAAUCUCUCGAUUUCUCCAGGAACCAUUUUCAUGGUCCAAUCCCUGUCAGCUUCUCCAACUUGAAUUUCUUGAGUCAUUUGAACUUGUCUUACAACAAUUUGACGGGAAGAAUACCAUCAAGCACCCAACUCCAAAGUUUUGACAAGUUCUCUUACAUUGGCAAUCACCUAUGUGGCCCUCCCGUCACUGAAGACUGCAGCACGAAUGUUGAAACACCACCUAAUGCUACAAAUGAAGGCAGUCAUGUUGAAGAAAGUGAAGGGUGGUUUGAAAAGUAUGGGAUUUAUGUAAGUGUGGUGAUUGGAUUUGUGGUGGGGUUUUGGGGUGUAGUAGCUCCUUUGUAUUUCAUCAGAUCUUGGGGAUUGGCUUACUAUGAAAAGGUGGAAAGCAUUCGUCUUAAGCUUUCUGCCUUUCGGGACAGAUUUUGA